GUCCCCAGCGUCCAAGAGUUGAUUGAUUUGAUGCGGCUGGCGCUGGAUGAACCAGACAACGUGCUGAAACACAUCUACGCCUUGGAGCAGAAGGUGAGCUGCGUUUGGCACGCGCACUUCUGGGAUCGCCGGCGCUUGAUGGUGGUCAUCCAGGAGGGCGGCCGCGCCAGCACCCUGAAUGCCACCAUGGAGCGAUUGGCCGUGGCGGAAUUUGCCGACAAGAUGCAACAGGUCUUGGGGCGUUUCGAAAGUGUCCAAGACGUCUUGGUGAUGUGCCUGGUGCGCAUGCUCUCCUGUGGAAACAGGGCCUUGGCGGAGAAGUGCGGCACGCUGCUGGCGCAGUGGGUGGACGCCACGGCGGAGGAGAUGCACGACCGCAUCGAUUCCAUGUCGGAGGCCCUCUUCCGCGACUUGCGCUUACAUCUGGUCUUAGGCAUCCAGAGCAUCAACGAGCGGCCCAUGGGUCUCUAUGAGAUCUCCGCGGGCACCAAGAAGGGGCAAGAGGAGGUGGAUGAGAUCGAGUUGGAGCAAAUCGAGGAGACAUGGCACAUCUUGACCGCCUUGAGCAAGUUUGGUCCUAGCACCUUGUACGAUCGCAUGAUCUCGCCCUGGCGCGCUCGGGUGCUGCGCCCCUUUUUGCCCGUGCUGUGCCGUGAACCUCGCGAUGUCUUAGGUCCGGAUUUGCCCUUCGACCGCUGGGCAGAGUACACCGGUUUCGACGCCUUCCCCGGAGAAGCGGCGGAGGUCAUCGAAGUUGAGAUGAACCUCCUGAGCUUCCAGGAGAAAUGCUCGCGUCAGGGCUUCGGUGGCUUUGUCCUCGAAGCGGCCUCAGAGGAUGGCAUGGUCAAGGUCUACUUCAAGCAGCAGAAAGCCCAGAGUUUGGCCUCGCUGCGCCGCCGCUGCGCCACGCGCACGCUGCACGUGCGCCCUGUGGGCCGUGUGAAGCGCACCGAGGCGGCCGAGCUGGGCGAUGGCAACAACUACAGCUGGAACGCCUGGGUCAACAGCCUGGCCGUGUUGGUGUCAGCCACCGCGGACCCGCACAAUGCGGCCUUGUGCGUCAGCAUGGACGCACAUCUGGCGGUGGUGAGGCAUGAGAGCGAUAACCAGGGCUUCACGGAAGCCACCCUGUUGGGCAGUAGUGAGGCGAAGAACGCCUUCCUGCGGCUCCUGCGCUUGGGUCGUAACCUCAUGUCCGCCUCGGGCGAUGCCGGGGUGAAGGCCGCAAAGUACUUCCUGGAGCAAGGCUUGCACACCCGGUGCUGGUCCCGCGCGAGGAGGCGACUUCAGGAAGGAGGUUCCCCAUUGCCUUUGGCGCGGCUCAGCGAAUUGCCCGCCAAUGAUGUGGCCCUGAUCGGUGAGUUGGUUGGAGUGCUGAUCACCAUGAUGAAGUGCGACGUGAAGGAGAUCUGCGACAAGGCUAUGGCAGAUAUCAAGGCAGAGAAUGGUUUGGAUGUCUUCGAUGUCUUGUUGCAGGUGGCGGCCUCCACGACGAAUCCAGAUCCCUUCUUCCUGGCGAUCGCCUACGAGACCAUCUACGUCUUUCUGAAAAACGACCUGAUGCGUGCGCAGCUGCUGUCCAAAGUCAUCUCGCAGCUGCGCGAGACGGCCAUAUUGCUUCCCUACAUCCGUGGGCCCUAUGUGAAAGAUGCACCGAAUGAGAAGUACAUGCAGCUGUGGUGUAAGUGCGAGUUGAAGUACGGAACCCCCAACGCUGCGCGUGAUCGCUUGCGACAGCUACACGACAGCCAGGAUCCCGACGAGUCCUCGCAGUGGCGGGAGAUGGUGCCGGAAAUCCGCGAUUUGCAGAACCCCAUGAUGCAUCGGACUUUGUUGGGCAUCGUGAAGAUCAUCCAAUUGCUCAGCGAACUGGCUCAGGGCGAAGAUAGCGAAGCCUUGAAGCCCGUGACGGACCUUUUGGACGCUUCGGGCCGCGAGCGGCUGUUGAUCGGUCCCACAACUGGCUUGGUGACCUGCCCCGACUUCGACGUCAGGGUGGAGAGUCUCAAGUGCGUGCGAAACGUCUUGGAAGCAACACCUGAGCAGUUUGAUUUGGAAGAAAUGGGUUGGCUCCUGAACUACCUCACUUCCGUAGGCAUGGGCAUCGGAAAACAGGGGCUCUUCCUCAUGGAGGUGAUCGAGCUCAUCAAACUCAUCACUGAAUUUGCAUCAGCUCCUGAACAUCCUCUGUCUUUUGAGUGCCCCAUUUGCCCAGAGCUGGACCUGCGUGAUUUGGUGGGCUUGAAGCUCGGUGACUUGGACCCGAUUAGAACCUUUAUACAAGCGUGCAUGAGCUCUAACCCGGUCUCGCGGGCAGAAUUUGAGCAGGUUGUAGCGGAACUAGCUGAUCUGCGUUUGCAAGUGCGCGAGCUCAGAGCUGCUGUGCAUCACGAAGGUUCCCAGGACUUUGAGGUGGUUUCAUCGGCAGCUUCUGCUGGGACUUCCUCCCCAGUGCUGAGUGCGUCCUUAGCAGCUGGCACUGAUUUGCCGCCUGCCCGUGUCGAAGCAGCUCAACAAGUUGGGCGCUGGCUGAGGCGGGGAUUGAAUCAGGAACAUCGAGGCUUGUCCGGGCGGGAAAAGAUUGAUCUAGCUAGCAAAGUCUACAUUGUAGUCAAAGACAUUUCUGGCACGGUUUUUGAUCCUCCAAAGAUCCUUUCCAGCUGGGCUAACACCAAGCUCCUUGUUUCAGUGGACAAACAAUUGGGUGAUUCCUUGUUUGUUGGCCUCCCAUCGAAGAGUGAAGCGCGGAUUGCCCUGAGUACACUCAUGAGUCAAGAGGAGGAGGGUGCGGAGGAGCCUGAAGCUCUGGACCCUCAUCAACUUGUGGUGGCUUCAGGCGAGGAAACCGAGCUAGAGUACAACUACGGCAUCCUUGCUCCUCCCACUACCGAGAGCAGCUGCGCAGUGGUAGUUGUCUCUGAGGUGGACGACAAGCUGCUGGUAGCCAUUCCUGAAGGAGCCUGGCACAAAACGCGGAAGAAGAGGAAAGUUGAUCCGGACUUACUGCAAAGGCCUAUUGCAGUUCUGGUCCCACUUUGCGCUUUGAGUGAUCGUAGUGUUCCUGACUCUACGCCAACUACGAAAGUAUGGCUGGGGCUCUUGGGUGCUCAGUUUCAGGACAUGAUCUUCUCCGAUGUGGGGCAGGCCGAUUUUGUGUUCCCGCUGGACGAUGUAGGCAUGAUGAAACUGCCCUACGCUCCCGCGUUGCUUGCAGUCGCAAAGGAUCACUUCACCUUCCUCUCCGCCGAGAGUGCAGCUCCUCAACCUGGCCUUUCCCAAUCUCCUCAAGUCGUGUACGAAGCUCGGAUGUCAGCGUUGGAAGACGGGCUCCAGGAGAUCAAGCAGCUCCUGGUCGCUCAGCAACCUGCAGCUCCCAGACCUCCAGCUUUGCGCAAUGCCAAGCCCAAAGUCAAGUUCUCCCCUUCCGCACUACCGGAAGGAGUGGACCCUGCGGUGGCUCAACAGGCGCUACAAGCCGGCGUCAGCCCGGCCGCUCUUCAAGAUAUCGCUGCUUCGAUGGGUCUUCCAAUUCAAUCAAAGAUGACUGCCCAGGCCGCAGCCGUGGCGGUGUCAAGCGACGAGGAGGAAGAGGACUUCAAUUUGGGUGGCGGACGUGGUGCCGCUAUUGGGUCGGGCGACCCUAUGGAAACUGCAGUGCUCCAAUUGACCAAGCUGGUGACGGCCUUGCAGAGGUCGAAGACCACCAAGAAGGACAAGGAGCUAGAAGCAAUAUUGGACCGCGCCGAAUCUGGCUCAGCAAGGGAUGCUGUGGGGGGAUCGAGCAGAAGCAAAGCAGCAGCCUUGCUUUCACUGCAGAAGCUGCUGAGAACCAGUCCGCAGUUGAUCUACGUAGCAGUCGAGAAGAGACUUCAAGAAGAUUGGGAACAAGCAGCCUUGCAACCUGGAGUGCAGCACAAUGUGAUCUCGGCAAGGGGUUGGAUAGAGCAUCGCAGCAGGAUCCAAGGCUUCCCCAGCACAGCUCGAGCAGCAUGGUGCUUGGGCGGCAUCUGGGAUUGCCUCAGAACGGGGCGCUACGACGAAGCUCGAGCAAGAGCAGCCCUCGGAGUCUGCGUUUUAGAUCAGCAGGCUUGCGACUCAGGCAGCUUUCUUCUGGCAACGGAACUGAGUUUGGAAGAUCCGCCUCCCAUGACCAGUUUUCAACAGCAUCAAGCUCCAGCACCGUGGGAGCUCCCGCAUUCGAAACUUGUGGGCCCCCGCUGGAUGGAUCUUGUGGUCGCCAAGGUGAAGGAUCUUGCCGACUUCCACGAGAAGCGCGCCAAGCUCAGCAGCCAGAUACGCCCUCGAGCCCCAGCCGAAGAUCAAGCACCGGCACCGAAACCAAAAGCCAAGGCAAAACAGAAAGGCACAGGGAAGGGCAAGCAAGUCAAUGCCGAGGAGAACAAGGACAGCAAGGAGGCAGCAGCUUGA